GAUUGUCAAAUAUUUGAUAUUUAGUAUAUUGUGUGCUUCAUUGUGUUAUUGCUUUAGAAACAAAAAAAACACCAAGUAUUAUUUGGAGAAUUAAUCAAUGAUUAAAUAUGCCAUUUAUUUAGCCAUGGGCAUGUACAUAUGUAGUCAGUUGAUGUAUUGUAAAAAUUAUGAGUGCAGUUUGAUGGCAAGAACGCAAUAUUAAUGAUUUAUUUGGUAGAAGUGGAAAAAAUUAUAUAAACAGAUGAAAUUUUAUUCAAUAGGUGCAAAAGAAAGCCAAGGUGUGUGUUGGUGUGUGUGCUUCAGCUACAACAUUUAGCUAACGUACUUUGGCAGCGGUUGUCCAAGCACAACAAGGCAGGAGAUUGGAACGGAGAAAGAUUCGUGUUUUGGACACUUGAAGCUCACAGUUCUAGCAAGUCAUUAACAGCAGCAUUUCGUAAUGUCGGACCUCGGAAGUGGAGACGAAGGUAUCUCAGGAUCAAAAUACAAUGCAAAUAAUAUGGAAGGUUCUUUAAGCAGAAACGAUUUUGAGUCGUCCGGUAAAGCAAGCAGUGCAGUUGAACAGGAGCUAGCUUCAAAAAUGUUGCAAAUUCAAUCAAAACGUUUUUAUUUGGAUGUAAAACAAAAUCGUCGUGGAAGGUUCAUUAAAGUGGCUGAAAUUGGAGCUGAUGGCAGACGGAGUCAGAUCUAUUUGGCAUUGUCAACAGCAGUUGAGUUUCGCGAUCAUUUAUCGUCAUUUAGUGACUAUUAUGCGUCUUUAGCUUGUUCAAAUGCAGGGCCACCAAAUACUGAUAAUUUACCAGAAGAUGGUAAACUAAAAUCUGAGAUGAUGAUCAAGGAUAAUCGGAGGUAUUAUUUGGACUUAAAGGAGAAUGCUCGGGGCAGAUUUCUUCGGGUUUCACAAACAAUCACAAGAGGUGGACCAAGAUCUCAAAUAGCAUUACCAGCUCAAGGAAUGAUCGAAUUUCGUGACGCACUUACAGAUUUACUAGAAGAAUUUGGAGUUAGUGAUGGCGGAUUUAAAGGAGAUUUGCCUGAGGAACGCCAUAUGAAGGUGGAUAAUAAGAAUUUUUAUUUUGACAUUGGCCAGAAUAAUCGUGGAGUUUAUAUGCGAAUAAGUGAGGUUAAAAAUAAUUUUCGCACUUCUAUAACGAUUCCGGAAAAAUGUUGGAUACGAUUUCGUGAUAUUUUUAAUGAUUAUUGCGAAAAAAUGAAAAAAUCGUCCGAUUCGGUCACUGCCGAAAACAAUCUACCGACAACUACAAAUAGUGUUAAAUAAUGGGCAUAAAUCUUUUUCAAACACACGUCAUCGCACCAUUUCAAUGAAUAAUUAAAAAAAAAAAAUUUCAAUUAUUUGUGCUCAUGCCUUUAGAAUUACAAUUAACAGCUAAUUUUGUAAGGUUUAAGAAUUGUUUUAGCUUUUUAACUAAAUUAAUUGUAUAUUCUCUUCGUCGAUGCAUAGAUGUUUAUAAGAUGAAGAUGUGAUGUUUCAUCAUCUAUAUUAGAUUUUUCGUCUGUUUGAAAAAAAAAACUUCAAAGGCUAUUAUAUUUUUUUACGACAAUACUCAUAUAUUUUGAACUUAGAAGUUUGUUUUUUAAUUGGCCACGCAUUCCUGAAGCUAAAAUAAAAUAUGGACGAAAUUUUAAAGCUCUUACCGUAUCUGGUUAAUUUUGCACAAGGCUUUAUAUUGAUUAUCACUUAUUUUUUGCAUUCCAUAAAAUAAAGUUUACUAAAAAAUAUCCUUUUAAUUUAGAUACUCAAAAUGAAUACAUAACGCAAAUUUUUUCAAAUUCAAAAUAAUUUUAUUUUAAAUUGUUUUGUUCUGUUGUCUAUGAAUAAUUAAAUAAAUCUUAUGAAUAUACCCACGAUAUUCCAAACAUUUAUUUUAUCGUCUAAACACCGUAACCUACUUUGACCUAUGAGCAACAGAAUACAACAGAUUUAAUAGAAUAAUGUUAUAAGAUUGAUGAGAAUAAUGUACUUCCCCACUUUUGAUUUAUUCACAUUGACCAACUGUGGGCACGAAAUUUUGAGUAAAUAAUAUUGCAACGCCGUGCAUUCAAAAAUUUGGAUUUGGUCAGACUACCCUGCAGUUCAUUAAUUUAGAUUUGAUGUUAACAUUUUCAAAUAAGAACAAAAUGUGCUGAUAUACUAUAGAUCAAAUUCGUACAGACAUCACUACUUAUCCGAUUUAAUUUCUUAAAAAUAUACAUAAAACUUCUGCAAUUGUAUUAUUUAGAACGAAUUAAAUUAACUUAAGAGCAAUUGCAAUAACAAUUACAUAUGUAGAAACAGAAUUUUAAAACUCAGUACAUUUGAAAUAAUUAAGACGUAAGAAAGCAAUGCAUAAUUGUUUUCAAAGGGUCUUAAAAUAAUUAUUUUAAUAAAAUUUAAACAUAUUCUGACCUAAUGUUGAAUUGAAAAAUUGUUGUCAAUGGUAUUAAAAUACAAAUAUAUAUGAAGGUGGUUAGACAAUUUAAUGAUUCAGAAUCAUUAAAAAACGUA